CGCCUUCAACACGAAUGACGUGAUAAUCCGGAGUUUUAACUGUUAACAGUUCUUUCUUUUUUUUAACAGGAGAUUUCUCUUUUUCGUUAGAUAAGAGAAGAGUGAAGGGGUGAUUUAAUAUGACUAUCAAUGACUUUGUUCAUAAGCUAAUAAGAUCUUUUAUCGAUGAAAAUGCGGUGGUAUCGUAUAGUUGAUAAGGCUGCUUUUAGGAGUGAUCUUUCUCUCUAACUAGAAAGAUCAUAAGAGACGAAAGAUCGUAGCCUAGAGUCUACAUAAGGUGCUUUCGAGUUCUAAGAGUUUUCUUCUCCCUUCUCACGUUCACGCUUUAUAAACUUACUAUUGGCUAUGGUAAGUAGAAAAAGAAGUUCUCUUCCAUUCAUCGAGAUGGAAUUGGUGUGAAGUGAAAGGAGGUCGUUCGUUCGAGAAUAGGGGUCGUGGAAGAAUUGUUGGGUUCGAUUCCCAUAGCCCCGGUGUGGAAUCAAGAAUGAUUCAACGAGAUAUGAAAUGCCUGCAUUAAGAUUUAAAACUUGUCGUCUACUUUCAGGAAAUGUUUGGAACAGAAAACUUACAAUAAUACAACGCCGUAUUCUCGGAAGAUUGAGGAACAAGAAGAGAUCUAUUAAGAGAAAGAUUUAUUCGAGAAAAAAUCUUAACAGUUACAUCCAAUUACAAACUACACGAAAGUUGUCCCUUUUUUAUGGAAAUUUACCCAUCACAGAGAUGCACAGAGGAACAAAACGAACUUCAUAUAUCCCUUUUCUCCUCAAUCCAGAAACAAGAUCGGACGUUAUUCCGGUUCGUCUCCAUUUUUGUGAAACUAUUCCUCAAGCAAGGCAGCCGAUAAGUCAUCGAAGGAUUUGUGUGAAUAAUGGAAUGGUAAACAUUACUCAUUUUAAACUCUCCCACGGUGAUAUAAUAUCUUUUAAAGAAAAUGAUGCGAGAACCCGCGGUGAAGAAAUAAGGAGCUAUAUCGGAAAAAGAAUAGGCAAAUCACCAAAUUUCCGGUUGCGUUCUGCUAUGCAAGAAGAAUACUUAGAAAGAACAAAGAAGUUUGGAUCCGAAAAAGUAUGCUUAGGUAGUUCUUUCGCUGAGCACAACAGAAUGAAGAGGAAUUUGUAUCAUUUAAAAUCCCUAUUCUUAUCGAAUAGAAGGAACGAGAAAAACCGAAAUAUUCCUACUCGAAUAAGAAGUCCUAUAGUUGACAACUCUUCUUUAUAUAGUAAUUCGACCUAUUGCUCCGCAUCCCCCCAGAAGUUUACUAGGAAGAUAAAAAUAAAAAGGAUCGAACUACCUACUCAUUAUUCGGAGGUGAAUCAUAGAACACCAAAAGCUGUGGUAUCUUAUGGACCUAACAUAGGUCAUAUCCCUUUAUAUGUUUUGGCCACGUCCGUUUCCGCUCCGAAGAAGAAGAGAAUCCGCUGUGACAAAAGGGGCUGUGUCAGACUGAUCAAAGCAAGCCUCAAAGCGAGAAAGGAAGUCUCACCUGAUUUCCUCGGAAAGAGAGUCGACAAGCGAGUACGAGUAGAGAGAAUCCGCUGUGACAAAAGGGGCUGUGUCAGACUGAUCAAAGCAAGCCUCAAAGCGAGAAAGGAAGUCUCACCUGAUUUCCUCGGAAAGAGAGUCGACAAGCGAGUACGAGUAGAGGUAGCAGCCACAACUGAACGCUUUCAAGCACAGUUUCAUUACGUGAUAUUGAGUUAUUUCAGCUCUAACAGAGCUAAGACUUCGGUUUCAUCAAUCCUGCAUCGCAUGGCUUCUAUUCCUUCGGCAGUGGAUUCGGGAUCUAAUAGAGUGGGAGUUAGAGCAAGAGUUAGUAAGCCAGCAAGGAUAGAGCAAGUAGUAGAAGUCUUGAGUCCGCCAAGCAACUAG